AUGGAAGAAUCCAGUAUUAAGUAUAUUCUUCUGCGUGAUCAUGUCGCACGCGAAGUUGAACAUAACAUGUUUACACUCGGCUUAACGGCGAAGUCUACACCAGCGCCAGUUUUGCGAGGCGAGUUAUUAGAAGGUGUUCGAAAGGCUAACCAGCCUAUGAACUCUACUAAAGUAGCUGUUGUUGGAAUUGAACGUAAAUCACUACGUCUUGAAUGUCCUGUGGACGAUAUCAGUCGAUUAUCUAAGGAAGAAACCGACUUGCUUUUAGCAAUAACUUCAUAUGAAGCAAGAUAUCAAACGUAUAUGGAGAGGAAACGUCUUGCAUUUGGCCGACAAUUGUCACUCGGAAGUGAUGUUUUCGUUGAAGUGGAAGGAAUCUCAAAAGUUUUACCUGGUAUUGUUCGGUACAUAGGUGUAUUACCGCAAAGUCAAGGAACUUGGUUUGGAGCUGAACUCAUCGUA